UGGCUGAAUUCGCUUCUGUUGGAAUGUAUGGGCGUGUGACAUCCCCCUGACUGGAUGACAUCACAACAGCUCCCGGUCCUUGAACGUCUGGAGGAUGAUUAGCUGAAGGAAUUGGCUGUGUCUGCCAAUCACCUCGGGCACAGCUGCCUUCAUAGUCCCGGUGUGAGAGGAGGGGGCUGGCGGCCAGGACAGCAGCUGCAGCUGGUCCCCGUGAUUAAAGACUUCUCGCAGCCUUUUCGCUGUGCUGGGUCUGCUCCCUGGUGUAAUUCUCAUGUCCGAGAGGGAAGCUGCAUUGAACGGCGUGCUGCACAGAGGUUUGAAUCAUUCCAGCUGGCUGCUUGUUUUGAAAAGGACAGCGUGUGUAUAAAUAAAAAGCGACUGCUGGAAGAGUUCAGACGCCAGGGCUGGGCUGCAGUGGCUCCGGGGUGCCCGGGGCAGACCCUGUGAACCGGCCACUCCUGCUAAGUAACCUGCAGCCCCGCCGUCUCCACACUGGACGGCUCGUGUUCUGACUCGGGACCAGCUCCACAGAGGAAAGAAAACAAUCAGGAUGCUUCUCCAGCUGAACUUCAGCCAGCGUCUGGUGAUCUGAACAGGUCGAGACACAGACAACCGCGCAUGCGUUCCCUGUGACUCUAGCCCCAGCUUACUUCUGAAUUUCCUCCUUUCCAGAAAAAUCCAACGAUGCCCGAAGGACUCCGCCGCCGUCUUGCUCUCGGACACAUUCGGGGUCUCCUCGGCUUCUGCCGCCCUGGCCGGUGGCCCUGCCGCUGUCACGCGCUGUGAUCCCACCACGCGCCGUACAUGGUUUGCGAUGGUUACAUGAACGUCCGGGAAGUGGUAGCUGCAGCAUCUCCUACUGUCUUCCCGAUGGCACUUUAGGGAAAGGGACUUUCCAAGGGCCUGGACACCAUGCAUCUCGUGGGGAGGCUCCGGAGAAGUUUCCGGACGCUGGUCGUGCUGCUGGCGACCUUCUGCCUGGCGAGCAUCGUCGUGUCCGCCUACUUCCUCUACUCGGGCUCCAAGCAGGAGGUGGCGCUCGUGGAAAGCACGGCGCGAGCCGAGUGCGCGGACCUCAAGUUGCUGCCGUUCGGGCCCGGCGAGCUGAGGACCGUCCAGCCCAUGGCCCCGUCCAAGACGGACCCCACGGUCCUGCUGUUCGUGGAGAGCCAGUACUCCCAGCUCGGCCAGGACAUCGCCGCCACCUUGGAGUCCAGCCGCUUCCGGUACCACAUGGUCAUCGCCCCCGGCAAGGGGGACGUGCCGCCGCUCACGGACAGCGGGCGCGGGAAGUACAUCUUAGUCAUCUACGAGAACAUCCUCAAGUACGCCAGCAUGGACGCGUGGCACCGCGAGCUGCUGGAGAAGUACUGCGUGGAGUACGGCGUGGGCCUCAUCGGCUUCCACCGCGCCACGGAGAACAGCGCCCCCCGCGCGCGGCUCGCCGGCCUCCCGCUCACGCUGCUCACCAACCUGGCGCUGGCCGACUGCCAGGUGAACCCGCGCUCGCCGCUGCUGCGCGUCACGCGGGCGCCCCGCCUGCAGCCCGGCCCGCUGCCCGGCGCCGACUGGACCGUGUUCCAGUCCAACCACUCCACCUACCAGCCCGUGCUGCUGGCCGCGCUGCAGGCCGGCGACGCCCCGCCGGCCCUGGCCCGCCAGCCGCUCCACGCCACGGUCAUCCACGACCGCGGGCUGCACGACGGCAUCCAGCGCGUGCUGUUCGGCAACAGCCUGAGCUUCUGGCUGCACAAGCUCAUCUUCCUGGACGCCGUGUCCUUCCUGUCGGGGGACCGGCUGACCUUGUCCUUGGACAGGUAUGUCCUCGUGGACAUCGACGACAUCUUCGUGGGGAAGGAGGGGACCCGGAUGAACGUCAAGGACGUGAAGGCAUUACUAGAGACUCAAAAUUUACUGCGCACUCAGGUUGCAAAUUUUACCUUCAACCUUGGAUUUUCAGGGAAGUUUUACCACACAGGCACGGAGGAGGAGGACGAGGGCGACGACCUCCUGCUGCGCUCGGCUGCCCAGUUCUGGUGGUUCCCGCACAUGUGGAGCCACACGCAGCCCCACCUCUUCCACAACGAGUCGGCGCUCAUGGAGCAGAUGGCUCUCAACAAGGUCUUCGCCGUGGAGCACGGCAUCCCCACGCACAUGGGCUACGCGGUGGCCCCGCACCACUCCGGCGUGUACCCGGUCCACGGCCAGCUGUACGAGGCCUGGAAGAAGGUCUGGGGCAUCCAGGUCACCAGCACCGAGGAGUACCCCCACCUGAAACCCGCGAGGCACCGGAAGGGCUUCAUUUACAACAGCGUCAUGGUCCUCCCACGACAGACCUGCGGGCUGUUCACCCACACCAUUUUCUACAAGGAGUACCCCGGCGGACCCCAAGAACUGGACAAGAGCAUCAGAGGAGGCGAACUUUUCCUCACAGUCCUUCUAAACCCAAUCAGCAUUUUCAUGACCCACCUGUCCAACUACGGGAAUGACCGCCUGGGCUCGUACACCUUUGUGAACCUGGCCAACUUCGUGCAGAGCUGGACCAACUUGCGACUGCAGACUCUGCCCCCAGUGCAGCUGGCCCACAAGUACUUCGAGCUGUUCCCUGAGCAAAGGGACCCUCUCUGGCAGAAUCCAUGCGAUGACAAACGGCACAAGGACAUCUGGUCCAGGGAGAAAACAUGCGACCACUUACCGAAGUUCCUUGUCAUCGGGCCACAAAAAACAGGCACGACGGCUCUCUAUCUGUUUCUUCUCAUGCACCCUUCUGUCAUCAGCAACUUGCCCAGCCCCAGGACAUUCGAGGAAAUUCAGUUCUUCAACGGCAAUAACUACCACAAGGGUGUUGACUGGUACAUGGACUUUUUUCCAACACCAUCCAACAUCACCAGUGACUUUCUGUUUGAAAAGAGUGCUAAUUAUUUCCAUUCGGAAGACGCCCCCAAGCGAGCUGCCUCUCUGGUCCCCAAAGCCAAGAUCAUCACCAUCCUCAUCGACCCCUCAGACAGGGCGUACUCAUGGUACCAGCACCAACGGUCCCAUGAAGACCCAGCUGCCCUGAGGUUUAAUUUCUAUGAAGUCAUUACAACUGGACAUUGGGCCCCGUCUGACCUCAAAACGUUGCAGAGGAAGUGCCUAGUACCCGGAUGGUAUGCGGUCCACAUAGAAAGAUGGCUGACUUACUUUGCCGCUUCUCAGUUGCUAAUUAUUGAUGGACAGCAACUGAGAUCGGACCCAGCUACUGUGAUGGACGAAGUCCAGAAGUUUCUGGGAGUGACGCCUCAUUAUAAUUACUCCGAAGCGCUCACGUUUGAUCCCCAAAAGGGCUUUUGGUGCCAACUAUUGGAAGGAGGAAAGACCAAAUGCCUUGGGAAAAGCAAAGGCCGGAAAUACCCGCCCAUGGGCCCGGAGGCUCGAUCCUUCCUGUCUACCUACUACCGACAGCACAACGUGGAGCUCUCCAAGCUGCUGCACAGGCUGGGGCAGCCCCUGCCGGCCUGGCUGAGGCACGAGCUGCAGAAAGUGAGGUAGCGCUGGGCUGCGACGCUCCUGCUGAGCACAGGCAGGAAAGCCGACCCACCAGGUCCGCCCGAACGCACUGGGGAUCCUCACCAUGGGACUGCACAUCAUCUCCUCCUGCCUUCUUCAUAAGAUGACAACUUACAUACGCACGCCUUGGCAAUGACUCGCACCAGUCCUGUGUGUGCUUUGGGGAAAUACUGUGGGGUUCUGUGGCAUCGUCUAGUGUCCAGGGUGGGGAUCUUAACAGCCCAGUCCCUCUGUGAGCCAUAAGGUUUCCGAAACCCAAUGUGUGGCUGGGAACCCCAACUGUAUGCAAGUGACAGGAGCUGGAGGCAAGACAGGGACUGAGAAACCGGCAGUGACCCCGCACCCAAAAUAAGGGCUUCCACUUUCCCUUCGCUUUUGUUUUGCAAAGAGUUCCUGCAAUCCCAGUCCUGUUCUGAGCAAAUAGUAUUGAUUACAUACCCACAUUUUCCUAGUACUCUUCUUCGUGAAUUUCCUUGACUUGCUGAAGUAACGCUGUGACUUCCCAUGUUUUCGUCUGUUCUCCUCUGUAGGAGGGGACCCUCUGAAAGGUCCCCUCUUCACUGAUAUUUUACCUGGCAGGGCGUGCCAUCCUCAGUGAAUUCUGCAUUAUGGUUCCAGCAAAACUUGCCAGAGACCUUUGGGUACCCUGCGUAAUCGUAGCUCAUAUGUGUAAGGCUGUCUUUACAUGGAUCCAGAUCUUGUCAUUCUAUUACUCUACAUAUUUUCACCUGACAGUGAUGUAGUAUUUAUACAUGUUGUCACUGUCCACAGAAGAGAAAAACUUUACUGAUAGACUAUGGAUUGGAAGCACCAAUGUAUGUUUACAGGUGGAACGAGGGACCUGUGCCUUCUGGGUGGCAGGUGGCAGUCAGAAGCGUGGGCUUCUGUGUACGCCAGUGCAUGUACUACUGCACAAGGUUAUGUCUGUAAUUCCUGCUUAAAAAUAUAUAAUCCAACACUUACCUCUUUCAACUUCACCAAUUCUCUAAGCUACACCUGUCUCCCAGCCGUGCCACCCAAAUAUCAAUUUCUAGAGAAGAAGGGAUACUCUCUCUGUCUUAGGGUUAUAGCUACUGCCCGAGUCUGGAGGCUGUUAUCCUGCUGGCUGGAUUUCUGUCCUGUUUGGUCAGUGAAGAUGUAUUAAAGCUCUGUGCGUCUUCUCAGUGGUACAUAAAGGUAAAAUUUCAACAGAACAGAAAGUCUAACUGGUUUGCUAACACCACCUCUCAAUCCAUCCUUCCUCUAUUGGCUCUAAAUAAUGUUAACUUUUUCCUAUAAUUUAAGAAAUUGUGCUUAGCAUAAUUCAGUGUCUUCACAGAAAACUAAAGAUCUUUAUUUUUGUUUAUUUGUUAGUUUUUGUUCUUGUUUUAAGCAAGCAAAUCAAAUCUAAAAGAGAAUCAAGAAUUUCUACCUAUUUUAUUUCAGAAUUCACCUUUGGAUUUAUACUUUAUUAAGAUUUUUGGUCGUUUUCCUAUUGUUUUCCACUGCGUCUAGAGGCUCUUGAUAUUUUUCAGAAAAUGUAAGAUUUUUCUUGGCCAUGAGUUAACAGAGCUCCCAAACUCGUCCUUUUCUUGUUCCUUGUUAACUGUGAGACUCGGAUUCUCAACUUGAUUGUUACUUAGGUGAUAGCAUUCCAUUAAGCCCACGAAAAUCACAAUAAUUGUGUAUUUAGAGCUCUAACAUUGGAUGUCUGUGUACACUAAUUUUCUCCAGUUUAUAUUCUAACUUUUCUCCGUCUUGAACUAGAAAUUAACUUUUUUUCCCAACUGGGAUAACAGAGAUAUUUAUAUGAGAGAGGGGAGAGCUUUUUCAUAUUAAUAUUCACAUAACUCAUGGUCCAACUCAUCACCAGAUUUUUAAAAUGUAACUCAUUUGUUGUUCGUUCCCAUUUUUUCUAAUUAGUGUUCAUAGUAUCAUUCACGUGCCUACAAGUACCUGAGACCAAAAUCGCCCCAAAUUCCACCAGUCUCUUCCCUCCAGUUCAUUUUAAUCAGUGUGUCCACCUUUCUUAUUAAGAUUGAUAAAGGAGACAACAGAAUGAAUUUAAUUACAUCAUUCAUCUUCAUCCUACAGUAAACUACUUAGAGGGACUCUGGGCUAUGAGAAAAUUAUGAUAAAUCAAGAAAAUAUUCAGUUUUAAGAAUAUCUUGAUUUUCCCAAUUUUUACCCAUUGGCUACAUCAGAAUGAUUGACUCAAGAUUUAAUAUGUGUAAUUCUUUAAAAUUUUAAAUAAAUUCUCUCUCAUGGUCUUCAGUGACGUACUUUUUUAAAUUUUAAGGAACUUACAAAAACCUUAAGCAAGCCCAUGUCUUCUCCUGUUUCCUUCCCGUCUCUGUUCCAACUGUCUAACUCACGAGUAAAUGUAGUCAUUGGUUACU